AUGGCGGACGCCGUCGAGGAUUCCUGUUCUCCUUCUGUUCUCCCACCACAGUCAACAUCGCCAUCGACGAGCAGGAGACAACAAAGCAACAUGAGCCUCUCUCAGACCUACUUUCUUGCCCAGGUGGCUCGCCAUAAGCUGAUGAACGCCGCUCGACAGCCUGAUAGAAACCUCAGGGUCCUCACCGCACAUGCAAACAUGUUAGAUGGCCUCAUGGCAGACCUGGCUGAGGCAGAGAACGAGCAGGAAGACUGGUUCAAUCAGGCUGUUAGCUAUGCUAAUGCUGGAAACGCUGUAACGACUUUCAACAACGACAACAUUCAUGAUACACACGGGAAUCCUACCUCCGAUUUCGACUUUGACAGUGAAGAUGAUGACGACGUUUAUGACGAAUUUGACGACGACGACGAUGAUGAUUAUGACGAGUGCGGAUCAGACUGCAGCUGCAGCUCUGGAUCUGGAUCAGACUGCGGAGAGGACAUCGUUUUCAUGUUGGAUGCCCACAACCGUGCUGUCCAGAGAAAGCGCUCCAUUUCAACACUAUACAACGAACUAGAUUCUGCCCCUUCCGAUGCAGAACCAGAAGAAGAGACAGAUUAUAAUCACUAUACUAGAGACAACAUCCAGCAGCCACCUGAACUUCUUCAUGAUCUGGACGAAGAAUCGGAUGAUGACAGCCAGCCUUCGUCUCCAAGGCGAAAUAGCUUUGACUACUUCGCUGCAUCUUCCCCCACAAUAGAGGAAACCUUGACAAGCUCAGAGGUAGAAAAGGGGGCUGAAAUCGCUCAGAGUGACGAUAAUGGUGAAGAUGUACCACUUCUCGGAUACUGUUUUUCUCGCUCUUCGGUGUUGCAUGGUUAG